AGAGAUAAGAAAAUGGACAAAUGUAGAUUAGUUUUAACCUCAUUAAAGAGCAAGAGUUGAAGGUCUGAAGUGAGUAGGAAAUCAAUCUAAAUGUAAAAGAGAUAUGAAGGAAGAGCCUCCCAAGGUGGAAUGGAGAAAGCUCUUUAGGUGAAGUUCAAAAAAGAUUCCGAUUCAAUUCCCUGCAAACAAAGAAACUGCUUUCUUUCAGCUUUCUUACUAAAUCCUGAAUGGAGGGUGGAUUAUUACCUAUCAGAACACACCCGUCUGUCUUAGCCUGUCCAAUGAAAUUUACGUUCUCUUCACUUGAGGAGAAUUGUACGUUCACGGUUAAUCGACAGGUGCUUCUCACCAAUGGUUGAAUCUGACACCGGCCAAUGGGCUUAGGGGGAAGGGUUGAUCCAUGGGUUUGAGAAUGAGAAACCAGAAGGGGGGGGGCGGAGACUCUCCUGCGGAGGAGGCGUGCUUUCUUUAGGGAUGGAGAGUAGAUGGGAGGGGAGCAGUUGAGGGGCGGGUAGCAGGGGGAAAGGAUAUUUCCAAUCAGAACUAGUAUAACCUGUGGACCCAGGAUUUCUGUGGCCAAUGGGAAGGGAAGCUGGCAGAAACCGGGCGUUGGAGGUGGGGCAGUAGUCCCCGCCUGCUACCCGGUCCUCCAUCCCCGCCCCAGUUAGUCCGCAGGGUUGGGCGGGGCGGAGUGGGUGUCAGGUGGUCCUGGGCGUGCAGCCUGGGCUAGGAAGACAGGACGAAAGGGGUGGGGAGGGGAGUAGAGAAGGGAGGACUGAGGAACCGGGAGCGGCUCUGGGCAGGAGAGCUGGCAGCGCUGGCUUCAUGAUCGGGUUCUCUCCCACCCAAUACCCCUCCCACCCCACCACCCCUGUGUGGUGGAGGUAAAACAGGAGGAGGAGGAGGAAGAAGAGGUGGAAGAGGGAAGGCGGGGGAUCCGGCCCGGCCCCUGUGCUACAGUAAGGGCUCUUUGGGCCGGGACAUCUCGAGGGCUUCUCCCUCCACAUCCCCUACCCCGUCCCCCAGUCCUGCCCUAUUCCGCCACCUUCCACUCUACCUGCAGCCGCCGCUGCUUUCGGGGGAGGGGUCCCCCAGCUUCCGCGGAGCCGCAUGAACAAUAGGCAGCGGCGGCUCCUGCGCUCCAUGGAUCUCCCGCUCCAUGGAUCCCUCCCGCGCGCUUCUCGGCUGCCUGGCGAGCGCUGCUGCCGUCGCCCCGCCCGGGGAGGAUGGAGCCGGGGCCGGGGGCGAGGAGGAGGAGGAAGAGGAAGAAGAGGAGGGGGCGGCGGUGGCCGUGGCAGUAGCAGAGGAGCUGGGCUCCGAGCCACCACUGCCCUUCUGGACCGCGGUGUUCGACUACGAGGCUGCGGGCGAGGACGAGCUGACCCUGCGGCUGGGCGAUGUGGUGGAAGUGCUGUCCAAGGACUCGCAGGUGUCCGGCGACGAGGGCUGGUGGACUGGGCAGCUGAACCAGCGGGUGGGCAUCUUCCCCAGCAACUACGUGACCCCUCGGAGCGCCUUCUCCAGCCGCUGCCAGCCCGGCGGGGAAGACCCCAGCUGCUACCCAGCCAUCCACUUAUUAGAGAUUGACUUUGCAGAGCUGACCCUGGAGGAGAUCAUUGGCAUUGGGGGUUUUGGAAAGGUGUAUCGAGCUUUUUGGGCUGGAGAAGAAGUUGCCGUGAAAGCUGCUCGCCAUGACCCUGAUGAGGACAUCAGUCAGACAAUAGAAAAUGUUCGUCAGGAAGCCAAACUUUUUGCCAUGCUAAAGCACCCUAACAUCAUUGCUCUGAGGGGGGUGUGCCUGAAAGAACCCAAUCUCUGUUUGAUUAUGGAAUUUGCCCGUGGAGGGUCCUUGAAUCGAGUGUUAUCGGGGAAGAGGAUCCCUCCUGACAUAUUGGUGAACUGGGCUGUGCAGAUUGCGAGGGGCAUGAACUACCUGCAUGAUGAAGCGAUAGUCCCCAUCAUCCAUCGGGACCUCAAAUCCAGUAACAUAUUAAUCCUCCAGAAGGUUGAAAAUGGAGACUUGAGCAACAAGAUUCUGAAGAUCACAGAUUUUGGCCUGGCCCGGGAAUGGCACAAAACCACCAAGAUGAGUGCGGCUGGAACUUAUGCUUGGAUGGCCCCUGAAGUCAUCCGCUCCUCCAUGUUCUCUAAGGGCAGUGAUGUAUGGAGCUAUGGUGUGCUGCUCUGGGAACUGCUGACGGGUGAAGUGCCCUUCCGAGGAAUAGAUGGCUUAGCAGUAGCAUAUGGGGUUGCCAUGAAUAAGCUUGCCCUUCCCAUUCCUUCCACAUGCCCAGAACCUUUUACCAAACUCAUGGAAGACUGCUGGAAUCCUGACCCCCAUUCACGACCAUCUUUUAUGAAUAUCCUGGACCAACUCACUACUAUUGAAGAGUCUGGCUUUUUUGAAAUGCCCAAGGAUUCCUUCCACUGUCUUCAGGAUGACUGGAAACAUGAGAUUCAAGAGAUGUUUGAUCAACUCAGGGCCAAAGAAAAGGAGCUCCGUACUUGGGAGGAAGAACUGACCCGGGCAGCCCUUCAGCAGAAGAACCAUGAGGAACUCCUGAGGCGCCGGGAGCAAGAGCUGGCGGAGCGGGAGAUCGACAUCCUGGAAAGGGAGCUCAACAUCAUCAUCCAUCAGCUGUGCCAGGAGAAGCCCCGGGUGAAGAAGCGCAAGGGCAAGUUUAAGAAGAACCGGCUGAAGCUCAAGGACGGCAACCGCAUCAGCCUCCCGUCAGAUUUCCAGCACAAGUUCACUGUGCAGGCAUCUCCAACCAUGGACAAAAGAAAGAGUUUGAUCAGUAGUGGCUCCAGUCCUCCUGCAAGUCCCACCAUCAUUCCCCGACUCAGAGCCAUCCAGUUGACACCUAGUGAAAGCAACAAAACCUGGGGUCGGAGUUCAGUUGUCCAGAAGGAAGAAGGUGAAGAAGAAGAGAAGAGGGCCCUGAAGAAGAAAGGACGUACCUGGGGACCAAGUACACUUGGGCAGAAGGAAAUUGUCUCAGGCGAUGAAGGAUCUCCUCAGAAGCGAGAGAGAACUAAUGGUUUGUGUGCCCUCUCAGAGUCUCCACAUUUUCACUUGGGCCUGAAAUCCCUGGUGGAUGGAUACAAGCAGUGGUCCAACAGUGCUCCAAAUUUGGGGAAAGGCCCGAGGACAACCCCUGCCCUUCCAGGAUUUACCAGCCUUGCCGAGAUAGAGGAUGAAGAAAUCGAAGGCCUGAGGAGUGGGGAAAGCAGAGCAAUCCAUUCCUCCAACCAGUCUUACCUUUGCAUUCCGUUCCCACGGAUAGAGGAGGUGGAUGGCCCUUCCAUUGAUGGGGCCCAUGAGGAGUCCACCCCAGUUAACUCAGCUACCAGCACCCCACAGCUAACACCCACCAACAGUCUCAAGCGAGGAGGAGCCCAGCAUCGCCGCUGUGAGGUCGCCCUCCUGGGUUGUGGGGCUGUUCUGGCUGCCACGGGCCUAGGGUUUGACUUGCUGGAGGCAGGAAAGUGCCAGCUGCUGCCCCCAGAAGAACCUGAGCUGCCCCCGCGAGAAGAGAAGAAGAGGCGAGAGGGUCUGUUCCAGAGGGCUAGCCGCCCCCGCCGGAGUACCAGCCCCCCUUCCCGCAAGCUCUUCAAGAAGGAGGAGCCCGUGCUCUUCCUGGGGGACCCCUCCGCUUCUCUGACAUUGCUUUCUUUGUCCUCUAUCUCUGAAUGCAACUCGACGCGGUCCCUGCUCCGAUCGGACAGCGAUGAGAUUGUGGUGUAUGAGAUGCCCGUCAGUCCAGUAGAGGCGGCUCCCUUGCCACCUCGAACCAACAAUCCCUUGGUCAAUGUCCAAGUUGAACGUUUCAAACGAGACCCCAACCAGUCCUUGACCCCCACCCACGUCACCCUCUCCGCUCCCACGCAACUUUCUGGUCACAGGCGAACUCCUUCCGACGGCGCUCUUAAGCCAGUGGCACCCCUGGCCAAUGGCAGCCCAUCUAGCAACGGACUGAGUGCCACACCGGGGAUGCUGAAAACUCCAAGCCCCAGCCGAGAUCCCGGUGAGGUUCCUCGCCUGCCAGACCCCAACCUGGUCUUCCCUCCUACCCCAAGACGGUGGAACACCCAUCAAGACUCCACACUGGAAAGACCUAAGACUUUGGAGUUUCUCCCCCGGCCCCGACCUUCUGCAAACCGGCAGCGGCUGGACCCCUGGUGGUUCGUGUCCCCCAGCCACGCCCGCAGCGCCUCCCCCGCCAACAGCUCCAGCACAGAGACACCCAGCAACCUAGACUCCUGCUUCGCAAGCAGCAGUAGCACUGUGGAGGAGCGGCCCGGGCUCCCUGCCUUGCUCCCGUUUCAGGCGGGGCACCCUCCUCCUGCUGAACAGGCCCUUCUGGAUCUGGACGCAGAGGGACAGAGCCAGGACAGCACUGUUCCGCUGUGCAGAUCUGAACUAAACCCACAUAGAGCCACCCCCUAUGAGGUUCAGCAAGAAUUUUGGUCUUAGCAUGAGAGGAAUCGGGGAUGGGGGGAGAGAUCUGGGCAAAGUACCCAACUAGGCCGUGUCUCCCACCACGUGGCCCCCCAGGCUCCCGUCCUACUUCUUGCACUGAUAAUGCACUUUGAAGACAGAAGAGGUGGGGAGGGCAACUGCUCCAGAGGCCCCAGCCAACAGUGAGCUCUCCGGUUCAGAACCACCAUUGAUGUAGCCUGUCAGCUCCGAGUGUGUGUGUGUGUAUGUGGGAAGGGGGAGGUGUGUGAAUGGCCUUCCAGCUCUGCAGUAAACCUCACCCUUGGGCCACGGCCCGGCCCGGCCACCCAGUCGCAGCCAAACCCAUCCGCUGUCCUCCGGCACCAUUGAAUGCCCAGGGUCUGUCCCAGAGUCUCUUGGGCAUCUUAGAGUUCUAUGGUUACAAACAACAGUGUUGGCUAUUCUUCUGCUUCUCUCUACCCCCUGCUCUUGUCCUUGAAUGCAGUUUCGAGGUCAUCAUGAGCCCUAAGGCUGGCUGUAUCUCAGCUAUCAGGAGUGCUUGGGGGCAGGGUGAUAAAGGCAUAUGAUUUGAUGGACCUACCUUCCCCCAGCCACCAGUCUACUUGCCCGAUCUAUUUAUUUGAGCCUAGAAGUGGUUCUCUGAUCCACUUCCAUGGGGACUUGGGGGUAAAGGAUGAGGGAGGGAUGGGGAAAUAUAAUGGAGUUGUAGUGAAGAGUCUAUGUUCUGGCUUUUUAAAGCAAAGUUCAGUGAAGGGUGUUGUCUUUCGCAUAGGAAAGGCACUAACCUCCCUAUGCUCAGUUUGUGGCCAAAUCAUGUUUCUAGGAAAAAACACUAGCCCAGCCCAUGGGUGGGUUUUUGGGAGAAUCCUUCUCUGAUGCCAUUUUAGCUGCUAGAGACAAGUCUUGUGUCUGGCCCUUUUCUUGUGUAAUGGGACCUCCCCAUAGCAUCUGUGCAGAGCUGUACCAUUUGCUUCUGGACAACUACAUUUGCUAGGUCAGAUUUGGAUGCUUUGGGGAUGCCAAAGCCUCUUGCUAUUUCUGGAUGAUUGUAUGUGACUCAGUGCUGAAGGACCUGAUGGAAACAGGCUGGCAGCUCUGUGUAUCCUCUGUGGGAUGGCCCUAUUAUAUGCCUUUGAUCUUUCUGUUAUGUCCUUUCCCCUUAUUCUUCACUUUCUCUUCUCCAGGGACCAGUAACUGUAAGCCUUCAUGUAUGGUUAGUAAAAAUCUUUCAAACCCUAAAAGGUUUUCUUAUAAAUUUUAGCAGGAGCAGCAUCUGGUGGUGAACCCUAGGGAAUGGGAAUCAGGAUUCUGGAGUUAUUCUCUCAGUUCAAGCAACCACCCUUACAAAUCUUCAGCAACUCCCUUCACUCCUGCUGUUUGUGUCUAUAAAAUGAGGUUGCAAAACACCUCCCUAAAAAAGGGACAUCAUAACAGUCAAUGACAGGAUCUAAAAAGGCAUGUGAUGUCCCUAACAUACAUACCGUAAAAAUUGGCCAGAGUUUUUUUCUGUGCCUUCUCUCACCCAUAUACUGUGGCCUCUUGAUGUGCUGGGCUUUGGACCAUGGGGAAGCAGCAAAGCUCCUUCAAUCUUCCUGACAUUUCUUUUAGAAAGAAAAAAAAAAACUGAAAGCAGCUCUGACAUUUAUGAAAUUUAUUUAUUUACUUGAAUAAUGAAACUUCAACUUAAAAUCUCUUCCAUCUGUUUCUUUAAACAUCCCCCCUCUCUCAAUCUGUUUCUCCAUCAUGUUUGAACUGAGUGAAAUCCAUCUGUAGUUUUUAACAGUACACUGGGCCUCUGCUGAGACAUCCUUGAGUCUGGAAGUAGGAUGGUGUUUAUGGUCUCCUGUAAGGUUCCUUCCUUUCUGCAAGGAAGAACAGAACCUCCUACAAGGGAAUAAUAGAGAGGGAAGCUUCUUCUUGGUCAAGCCCAGAGAGUGGAGACUAAAAUGAUGCUUUAGUCUCAUAAAGAUAAUAAGUUUUCAUAGAGAUACCUCCGGCCCAACAAAUCCAGCUCCUUGCUUCUCUUCUGUACCAGGGGCAGGUGACUUCUGCCCUACCUCAUCCUCUUCCCAUCAUGUCAGCCCAUGGCAAGACAGUGGAAGGAGUCAUUAUUAUUCUCACACCAUGGCCUGUCAUCCCUGGGGUAGAGAGGCUAUACGACUUGUGCUGAGGACAUCUGGUCAGAAGCCAGCUGGGAAUGAUCUUUUAGUUGAUAUUUCCCCUUUAACUUCACACUCUCCCGUGGUUCUGAGCAGGAGCUGACCUCAAAGCUGUGGGUCAAACUAGUUGACCUUCCCUAGUGCUACCUAGGGACCCUAGUCCUUAACACUAUGCAAUGUGUUAAACCACAAGGAAUGUAGUGUCAGAAAAUAUUUAUUUCCUAAGAUUCCUGCUCACAUCACUGACUCAGAUACAUUUCUCAUCUACUUUAUUGAGAGGCCAGCCAGCUGCUGAGCAUCUGAGUUGCCUUUCAUAUUACCUUAUAAUUCUACUCAAAUACCUUUGCAGGAAACUUUUUAAAUUGUUGGCAUUUUUCACCCGCAAGAUCCUCUCUCAAUUCCUUCCUUUAUGUGAGGUUCAAUUACAGGCCCUGAAGUGUUUGAUGAGAAAUAGCUCUGAUUUUUUUGUGAGUUUUUUUUUUUUUUCCAAUUUUCUUGUAAGUGGGAUGUGUUUGCUGGUGAAAAGGGGGAAGUGUUCACUUCUGGGUAUACAAGUGGAGAAAUGAUAAAAGGCAUCUGAAAUCUAAAGCCUCGACUCUCCAGAGGACUAGGAAGAGAAAAUGUUUCAGGCUCUUCUUCCUUAUUUGGAUGCUUCCUUACCUCGUGGCCUUGCCUGAAUCACUUAGCCCCUUUGGAAAAGAUAUCACCAGCCUUCCUCCCAAAGCAGAGAGUAUGAGUGCUCACAAGACAAUAUUGAUCAAGCACUUUGGGCUCUUUGGCAGGAAGAGAUUAAUUUUCAGCUGAGAAAUGAUGCUAGUUCCUGAAAGAAGCUUCCUUUAUUACCGGCUGAGGUGGAGAGGAGGAAAUUUGUACACUUGUCUUUCAUCCCCUUGACUCUGAGUUAUUUUGUAUUUUGCUCCUUUCUGAGAGGGUUAGCAAAAAAAAAAAAAAAAGUGAUUAGAGGGGUUCCUUACAUGGCCAUUAGAAGUCAUUGCCAGGCAUAAGCUCUUCUGAGGUGUUUGAAUAUAUACAGAGUGCUUAGCCACUUAAAAUUUUUUUUUUCCUUUAAUUAUUCCUAUCAAUAAUCUGUGAAGGUGGCCAUCAUCCACAUCUUUGUCUUACUGAGAAGAAAAUGGAGAUAGGGAAAGGAUUGUUAGCAUGUAAGAAAUAAAAAGUGUCACUUGUAAAAUGUUGGCUUUUUGACUCUGGAAAUCUGAUUUCCCCACCUAGUUUGAAUUCCUUCUAGAUUUGGCUUAAGGAGAAAUCUGGGUAAAAUGGAUCUUCUUACAUUUCUCAGAUGUACUACCAAAAAGGACGAAACAGGUUAUAUUACUCAGGCUACUCAUUUUACAGGUAAAGAAACUGAAAUUUAAAUGUACCACAAGAUUAUGUAACUAGUAAGUGGCAGAGGCAGGAUUUGAAUCCAGAUUCUCUGUCUUCAAAUCCAACCCUUCUCCCUUACCACACUCCUACCUCUUUAAUUCCUUUCUCAGCUUGAGUUAGACCAUAUAUCCCCUUUAGCAGGAAAAACCUCUUGCCAAUUAGAGAUAUCCCAAAAUGGAAACUAGGUGGGAUAGUAGAGAGAGCAAGUGACUUGGAGGUAGGAAGAUCUGAGUUCAAACACUUACUAUGUGACCUUAGGCAAGUCACUGUUUAACUGAGUUUCCUCAUUUGUAAAAUGAGUUGGAGGAGGAAAUGGCAAAUUGCUCCAGUAUCUUUAUCAAGAAAGCCAAAAUGCAAUCACAAAGAGUUGGAUAUGACCGAAAUAACUGAACAACAGUAAAGGUCAAAAGGACUACCUUGAAUGGUAUAAUAUGAUUGCUUUUUGAAUAUAUUUUAGUGGGGAUGUUUUUUUCAAAGCAUUGGAGAAGAAGGCUGACUGAGGUCCUUCCAAUUCUAGAAUUCUAGAAUGUUUUGCCACAAAGUCCUUUUUUCUUUGUCCCACUACUGCGUCUUAGGGACAUGGCUUAAUGUCCAAAAGAAAGGACUAAUCAAUCCUUUGUUGAAUUUGUUUUGCUUCCAAGUUUUAAGCCUGGGUCUCUUGUACUAAUGGAGAAGGAAGAAAAGAUCAUAUUAGAUGCUCUUUCACUGGGUAAUCUCACCCCUUAAUCUACCUUCCCCAUCUAUAAAGUCCAUUCUUGCUCUUCUCAUAGAGGAGAGACACUGGACACAGGAUUAAAGGUAUAUUAACAGAUUCAGAGAUCUGAUUUCUUCAUAGCCUACAUAUGUGAGUAUGAAACCAUUACUAUCAAAAAGUGAGGUGCCCAGCGAGUCAAGUCCUGUCUGAUACAUUUAUUCAGAAAGUCUCAAGAGUUCUUUCCUUGUAUUGUCUUCCUUUGAAAGAAUUUGGAUGGAAGGGAAACAGAUGUCAUUAUUUCAAAUUGCACCAGAUCCUCUGGGCAAGGCAGCUUUGUACUUGUAGGAUCCUCACAGAUAUGAAAACUGGGAAAAGCCUUAUGAAACUCCAGUUAUCUAAAGGCAAGGCAAGUCAACAAGUAUUUAUUAGCAUGUUCUAGUACUGAGGAUAUAAAGAAAGGCAAAAUCCAGUCCCUGUUCUCAGGGAGCUCCCAAUUUAAGGGGGAGACAACAUGCAAACACUAUGUACAAAGAAAUUAAAAAAUAGAUAAUCUCAGAGGUAAGGCACUAAGAAUAAGGAGGACUAGGAAAGGCUUCUUGUAUAAGGUAGGACAUUUAUUAGCUAAGACUAGAAGAAAUCCAGGGAGUCUAAAAGGCAGACAUGAAGCAAGAGAGAUUUCCAGGUAUGUCACUUCUAUACAAGGUGAAUCUUUGUUCCAGAAUUGGGAAGUCAUAGUCCUGCUGUGAUCUUAUCCUGCUCAAGCCACUACAUUUUAGGAAGGACAUUAAAAAACUGGGGAGCAUCCAGAAUGGGAGACUAGGAUAAUGAAAAGACUCAGCUCCAUGCUAUAUGAAGAUUGGGAGAAACUAGAGAUGUUUCCUCUGGAGAAGAUUUUGAGGAUGAGGGAAUGGGAGGGGAGACAUAGGAAAGUUGGCUUCAAAUAUUUGAAGAGCUAUCAACUGAAAGAGUGAUUAGAUUUUACUAGCCUGGGCCUAGAGGGCAAGAAGUUAUAGAGAGGCACAUAUAGGUUUAAUAUAAGAAAAAUCUUCCUAACAAUUAGAGCAAUAUAAAAUGAAAAAGGCUGCCAUUGAUUGUAGUGGGUUCUCCUAUUACUGGAGAUCUUUGAACAAGGGCUGGAUGACAUUUCAGGCAGGUCCCUUCCAAGUCAAGAUUGAUAGUAUAAAUUUAGAGCUGAAAGGUAUCUUUAAAAGCUAUUGAGAUCUGAUUUUACAAAUCUCCCAAAUUGCAUAAUCAAGAAAUAUGUUUUUCACCCUUUUGAGAAAGGACUAUGACACAUCAUAUACUAACCCUUUUCUACCCCUUCAAAGCCCAGAAACUGCUCUGGGUAGCCAUCAUCCUUCUAGGGAAAUAUGGUGCAUCAGGAAUCACCACUCCUAAAUACUUAUCUUUUGCUUUAAACAAGUCAGUAUUUGCCUGAGCUGGAAAAAUAAAUGUGUGUGUGUAUGUAUGUGUGCGCACGCAAGUGUGUGUAUGUGUGAAUUUCUAUCUCCUGAUAUAUUUCUGGGUGGUGAGAACACUUUAAUCUUUUCAGUGUAUGGGGAUCAACAUUCUCUAGUCUUGUGUGGCCUUUGAAGGGAGAUGAAAAUCAGGGAUUAGAAUGCUAUCUAAGGUUAAUGAGUUGAGGAUAGACUGGAACUAUUACCUGACUACAAAGCAUGGAUAAUUGUUCCUAAGAUUAUUGUGCUUUCAUUGUAUGAAAGCAAGGGAGAAUUAGAAGGAAGUUUAGAGCAUAUAAUCCAACUUCUUCAUUUUAUAUAUGAGGAAAAGGAGAUUAGGGAGGAAAAAUGCCAAAGGUCACAUAGUUAAUUAAUGGCAAAGUUGAUCUGGAACUCAGGUCUUCUAAUUCUCAAUCCAAUGUGUUUUCUAGGACAUUACUCCCCCUUAAUCCCUUCCUAUUUUGAGUUAAAAGCCCUGCAGUUAUAAUCCAUGUUUCUCCAUUCUUAAGUAUAUUUGAUUUUCUUUAUUCUCUCCCUAGGUCAUAUUGAUUCAAAUAUUAAGCUUGGAUGGGCAGCUAUCAGGAAAAGGGAAUUAGUUCUCUAGGCCUGACUGCAAAAGGAAGGAUAUUGUCCAUUUUCGCGAGGACUUAACUUUAUUCUUUCUGUAUCCUUGUAAAUGGUCUUCCAUUUCUACUUCUGUACACCUGAGUUUUCCCUGACUGGGAGAUAAUUUCAGAAAGCCAUACAGCCAGGGCUUCCUAUCACAGGAAAUGGGAAAACAUUUUCCAGGAUUCUAUAAACAAUUCCCCUCCCAAAUAAAGAACCUUCUCCAGAUGUAGUAUGGGCACUGGUGGGGCCUGCAUAGAGAAAGUGAAUCUUGAGUUUAUGAAUUGGAAGUAUGUAUGAUGUAUUCGCCCUUUCUCAUGUCCCAUGAGAACUUGGUCUUCCUUGGUGAGAAGGGCCAUAGAAAGAUAUGUUAUUUGUUUUAAUUUAUUUGAAACCUUUAUAUCUGAAAUGAUAAGUUUAUCUCCCCGGAAAUAAUUAGUUCUUUACCUAUCCCCAGCUUUGCGCACUAGGUGAUGCAGUAGAUAAAGCACUGGACUGACAAAGUUGAGUCGAGUUCAAUUCAGCCUUAGACACUUAUGGCUGUGUGGUCUUGAGCAUGUCACUUAAUUCUGUUUGCCUUGUUGUCCUCAUCUGUAAAAUGAACUGUAAAAGAAAAUGACAAACCACUCCAGUGUCUUUGCCAAGAAGACCCCAAAUGGGGAUCACAAAGACUCAGAUACAAAUAAAAUGAUUCAACAAUAGCCCCAUUCCUGCUAGAAUCUGGAUCUAAAUAAAGGCUGUGAAGUGAAGCAGGUCUUUUGAGUCCUUCUGAAUUAACUUGCUUUGCUUCUUUCUCCAUUAUGGACUCAAAAUUCUUGUAGGUUUGAUAUUCUGUGUUCUUCAACUUCCUUUUUCCUCCAGAUAUUAACUUAUAAAUGUGUUAUUCCUCCCAAAGAUAUUUGCAUUUCAAACCAUGAUGAUAGCAUUUCAGUCUUUGGCACAGACUUGUGGAAAAACACUAAUUAAUUUGCCAAGACUUCCAAAUUACAGGCCACUUGGACUUCAGAUUUAGUCUGAUUAGUCUGGGGAAAGAGGACUAAUGUUCCCUAGUAUUUUUCAGUGGUCUUCAAAGUAGUACUAUCAUUAACAUUUAUUAAGCACCUAAUAAUGUGCCAAAGUAUUACACAUAUAAAAACAAAUGAUACUGUUCUUGCCUUCCAGGAGCUUACAUUUUAUUAGAAAGACUAAGAGAGAGAAAACUUGGAUAAUGUGUAUAGGAUAAGGAUACAGGAUAUAGGAACUUUUAGGUUUUGUAUUUGAAAUGUGUGUUCUAAGGGAGGUGAGGUAAAUGAUUGUGCUAAUCUGGGACUUAAUUCAGUUGCCAAAAAAUGAUGGCUUACACUCAUUCUUCUUUACAGUUAAGAGUCUAUGAUCUUUAGCUUCUCUACCACCUUCAACAUGAAGCAUGAAACCCAUAGUUAUAGUUUUUCUCUUCAGUGCUGUGGGAGUGCAGCCUCCCUGUAUUUAUUUUCAACAUAGAGAUGGGAAGUUGCUAAGAGUAGUAGCAACUCAGGAGCCAUCCUUAGAUUGUUCUGGGGAGGGAAUAUGGUAGGGGGAACUUUAGAAUGGCUGUAAGUUUCUCUAAGACAGAAGUUCUAGAUAUGGUUCUCCUUUGAUGUAUAGGCUCAAUGCGUCAUAAGAAUUGUGAUUCUUCUCAACUGUUGACUGAAUGUAUGUUUGUGCCAUUUAUUUCUUCCUACCCCCAUGCUAAAGGUUCUUUCCUUUGACCACAUCUAUAAGCUCCUUUUCCAUCUGUGUACCACAACUUUAUAUCCAUCUUCCUUAAGAUUUUCUUCCAGAUCCUAAAUUUGAAGCCUUAGAAUGGCAAAUCUCCUCUACCUAUCCAUUUUAACUUUCCCUUUCUCUCCUAUCCCCCAAGCAAAUUUGGGGAAAUUGAAAUAGGUUUUAUUCAUUCUGUUGCCUUAGAUCCAGACAUCUUGAGACAUCCAGAGACUGUUAUGAUUAAGUCAAUCUAACUCUCACGCUCCUUCUGCAGCAGUUAGGUACAGUUUUACUAAUUAGUGAGCUUUUCCAGAAGACUAAGGAAAAAAACUGAAGAUGGAUUUUAAUUUAUUUUACUUUCCAGAGAAGCUUUCUUUAGGAUGCCCCAUUUUACUCCUGGAUGAAAUGACUGUCUGUUUAAUUUGCUAAAACUAACAAUGAGGAAAUUGACCAAUAGGUCCUUCUCUCCUUGAAUGGGUCCAUCUGUCUUGUCUUUUUCUACCCCAUUUUCUCUUCCUUUUUGCAUUCAAGUUAUUUCGUCUCUAAUAAUAUUUAAACACAAAGAGUGCUGAUUAAAAUUGGUCAGGUUUUUUUUUUUUCUCUCACUUUUUUUUGGAUGUACUGUAAAUUAUUAACCAAGGAUGCCAAGCAGGCUUGGUUCAAUGGCUAAAAUUCUUAUUGUAUUACAGUGUAAUGCUGACCUCAGCCUUGUCUCGACACCAGAGCACACACAGACUUGAAUAAAACUGUUAUCACAGUGA